AGCGCGUGCCACUCCGGGUGGUGGGUUUUCCAUAGUUCGGUGCCUUAAUUCGUUUAGUCUCUUUUCGUGCGCUUUUCCGGACAGUCUUAAUCACUUUUCCACGGCAAUCCCUGCGUGCGCGUUUUGUUUAUUUUUUUUUCAAUUGCCAUUUGCAUCUGCUGCAAAUUUGCUAACACUUCUGGCCCCAUGGCAAAAUGCUGUCCUAUGAUCUCAACGAGCGUUUGCUGAGCGCCGUCCACAGCGGCGAUUUUGGCCAGGCACUCAACUGCAUCCUCGAAGGUGCCCAGGCCACAUACGUCUCAUCCACAUGCGGCCGCACGGCUGUUGGCACCGCGGCGCUGCUUGGCGACGCCGAGCUGCUGGAGCUACUGGUCCAAUCCUGCGAGGAACCUCAGCUGAAUCUCUAUCAUCAGUCUCAGACGGAUACGCUGGAGAUGGAGAGCACGCCGGAGGGCAUGGAGAAGCUGGAAUGGGUGGACGAGUUCGAGGGCGAAAGCUGGUCGGAGCACGAAGGCGGCGACGAUUCCCAGCUAUAUCAUUACUAUGCCAAGACCUUUGAGAGUACGGGUGAAUUUCUGACGCAGUGCUGCGCCAGCUGCCGCGAACAGGAUCCGCAUCUGUACGACUCGGAUCUGGCCACGCCGCUGCACUAUGCCGCCGCCUGGGGGCAUGAGGAGUGCGUCGCGGUGCUGCUGAAGCAUCAGGCGCCCAUCAAUGUGGUCAACAGCGAGGGCUAUACGCCGCUGCAUGUGGGCGCCGGCUAUGUGGAGGUGACCCGGCAGCUGAUCAAGCACGGCGCUCUGGUCAACUCGAAAACUCUGAGCGAUGGCAAGACGGCGCUGCAUCUGGCCAUCGAGAAUCGCUGCAGCGAUGCGGCACAUCUGCUGCUGCAGACCAAUAUCAAUAUCAACGAGACGGAUGACGAGGGCGAGACGCCGCUGAUGGUGGCCAUUGCGUGCAAUCUGCAGGAGCUGGCCAGGGAGCUGAUCGAGCGUGGGGCACGCAUCAAUCUCCAGGACAAGCAGGGCUGUACUGCGCUUUAUUUCGCGGCCGUUGGCCGGCAUCGGCAGCUGGCCGAGCUGCUGCUGGAGCGCGGCGCCCGGCGUCUGCCCGCACAGCAUCUGCUGCACCAGUGCCUGGGCCCGGAUGCCGAGGAUCGCGGCAUGGUGGAGCUGCUGCUGCAGCACGGCGAAAGCCUCAGUGUGCGCGACUCCGACAAUCUGACGCCCAUCAUGCUGGCCAUACAUCAGCAGCUGCCCGAGUUGCUCGCCUAUCUGCUGGACCAGGCGGAGCUGCAGCGUCGCCAGGGCCUCUAUACGGAUGCCCAGGAUGCGGGCCUGCUGCUCUUCGCCGUGCAGCAGGUGGAGAACAUCAAUGCGUUUCGUCAGAUUCUGCGCGUUCUGCUCGCCAAGCUGGCCAGCGCACGGCGCGAUCUCUACAGCUUCAAGGCGCCGACCGUCAUCUGUGGCUUCGUCUAUAGCGAGACACCGCUGGCGCGUGCCAUCAGCCUGCAGCGCCUGGACAUUGCCCAGCUGCUGCUGCGCGAGGGCUGUAAUCUGUCCCAGAUCUGUUGCGAGUAUGUUGUCAACGAGUUGCGCUCCAGCUGCAACCAGCAGAGUUUGGCGUUUGCUCAACUCUUGGGACAUGUUGGUUUUAAGUUCUCCCCGCCCACCGAUACGAGUGACACAUCAAAGUCAGCGGAACCCAGCCGUUUGACCUUUGACCAGGACAUGCGCCAGUUGAGCACCCAGCCCCGCCCACUGCAAUCGCUGUCCCGCCAGGUGAUACGGCAAGAACUGUUGCGGGCGCUGCAGGAGAAUCCGCAGCUGCACGCAAAGUAUCCGCCCACGGCGCAGAGCUCGACGCUGGCGCGCAUCGUGGACGAGGAGCUGUGCAUGCCGCAGACCCUCAAGAAGUAUCUCAGCGAAUUCGCGGAGGUGCCAACAAUGAUUGGCAGGCAAUUGAUUGGUCAUGUAAUACGAUCUCCAGAGUCAUGGGAUUAACAACGAAU